UGUUUAAGAAGAUACAUGUUAGAAAUAGGCGGGGUUUAUGACUUUGUGGAUGUAACAACUAGUGAGGAUUGGGCCUUCCGGUGGAGUGUUUUGGACGUUGAAGGAGCAAGUCUGACUGCAAAAAGCGAAAACAGACUUUGGUAGAAACGUCGUAGCUAGAUAUUUGAUAUUUGCACAGAAACUGUUCAAGACCUGUCGUAGUCGUCUCGAAACUCAAAAUGUACCGCUUGCGGGCGUUGUCUGCGGUAGCGGUGGGUCUGGUGCAGUUGUCCCGCCGUUACCAUGGUGAGGCUGUGAGGGGUGGAGCCAGUAAGAGGAGACUGAUGCUAGCAGCUCUGGUGGGUGUGACCGGGGCCUCAGCCAGCGCUGGACUACUCUGGACCAGAGCCUACGCAGACGCUGGGCCGUCCGUCGAGCACGACGAACAUCCCGAGGCAAAAGGGGCGGGGUUUGUAAAAGAGGCGGAGUCAGAGGCGGUGUCUGAGAGUUCGGUGGAGGCCAGCGAUGGAGAGGAGGGCGAGGGGGGCGGGAAGAUGAAGAAACCACGAUCAGGAUUCCGUGACCGCAAGGUGAUGGAGUAUGAGAAUAGGAUAAGAGCCUACUCCACUCCGGACAAGAUCUUCCGUUACUUCGCCACGCUGAAGAUCAUCAGUGAGCAGGGAGAUGCAGAGGUCUACAUGACUCCGCAGGACUUUGUCCGCUCCAUCACCCCCAACGAGAUACAGCCAGAAAACCUGGGUCUGGAUCAGUUCCAGGUGAAACGCUAUGAUGGAAAGGACUUCUGGCAGACGGAGAAGAUUUCCCAGGAGAGGGAGAAGUUUGCGGAUGAGGACAGUAUCUUCUUCACACUGGGAGAGUGUGGUCUCAUCUCCUUCUCUGAUUACAUCUUCCUCACUACCGUGCUCUCCACGCCCCAGAGGAACUUUGAGAUCGCCUUCAAGAUGUUUGACCUGAACGGAGACGGAGAGGUGGACCUGGAGGAGUUUGAACAGGUCCAGAGUAUCAUCAGGUCCCAGACCAGUAUGGGGAUGCGUCAUCGGGACCGUUCCACUACGGGUAACACCCUGAAAACUGGCGGCUGCAGCUCUGCUCUCACCACAUACUUCUUCGGUGCCGACCUGAAGGGCAAACUGACCAUCGGCCAUUUCCUGGAGUUCCAGAGAAAACUACAACAUGAUGUUCUUAAACUAGAGUAUAUGCGUAACGACCCAGUGGAAGGGUGCAUAACAGAGAGACAGUUUGGAGGCAUGCUCCUGUCCUACAGCGGGGUCCAGUCACGCAAACUCAAACAGAUGCAGAAGGGACUGAAGAAGAUGUUCAAAGACGCUCAGGGCAUUACGUUUGAGGAGGUGGAGAAUUUCUUUACCUUCCUAAAGAAUGUGAAUGAUGUGGACACAGCUCUGAGUUUCUAUCACAUGGCCGGAGCCUCCAUAGACAAAGCCACGAUGAAGCAGGUAGCUCGUACGGUGGCUAAAGUGGAGCUGUCUGAUCAUGUGUGUGACGUCGUGUUCGCUCUGUUCGACUGCGAUGGUAACGGGGAACUCAGUAAUAAGGAGUUUAUAGCCAUAAUGAAGCAGCGUUUGAUGCGGGGUCUGGAGAAACCCAAAGACAUGGGCUUCACCCGGUUGGUACGAGCCAUGGUGAAGUGCGCCCAAGACACCGCGUGGGACUUCGCCACGCCCAAACAGAAUUAGACACCUCUGUGCUGUGUGUUUAUCAUGCCCGAGAAGCAGUAGGGAUGGGAGGAAUGUGUGUGUGCUUGGGCAGGCGUGAGAACGCAAGUGUGUGUGUUCAUGUGUUUACUCUACUCUACACAACUCUAACCGCCAACGGCCCCUUCUCUCGCUCUUCUGGAUUACAGACAGACAAUUCAAUGGCAACAAUAGGCAAUAUAACUCAUAUCUCAUCACACCAAUUCAGACAACAAACUCAUUAUGGGUAAGAGCGUUGUGCCAGUAACCGAAAGGUCGCUGGUUCUAAUCCCCGAGCCGACUAGGUGAAAAAUCUGUCGAUGUGCCCUUAAGCAAGGCACUUAACCCUAAUUGCUCCUGUAAGUCGCGCUGGAUAAGAGCGUCUGCUAAAAUGACUAAAAUGUAAUUAUGACAGCAGCUCUGAUGUAAACAUAGGAAAUCACGCACGCUACUACAACAUGGUUAUUUCGUCCUAAAUGGCACCGUGUUCCCUCUGUAGUGCACUACUUUUGACCAGAACCCUAUGGGUCUUAUGGUCCCUGGUCAAGUGUAGUGCACUACAUAGGGAAUAGGGUGCCAUUUGAGACACUGAUGUGAAGGAUGCUGACGCGGCACAGUUUGUCCUAAGAGGCUUUCCAUGGGUUUUAUUAAGGGGAUGGGCGUUAUAUAAUCUUGUAUAUUUAUUGUUUUGCGAUAGUAGUGAUGUAAUGCCUGCAAGUAAACAAUCUCAACCUUUUUCCCGAGCAAAGAUGAAACGGCACUUUAUAACCCUAUUCAUAGUUUAGAGGAUUUAUGUUUGAUUGCAAAACACAACACAAGAAUAUAAUCAUAUUAGUCCCUCAAUUAUGUAUGUCCCAAAGGACAGUGUUCAUUUGGAUGAUGUGGAAUGUCUCUAAAAAUAGGUGUCUCUAUAUAAUGCAAUUCCAUCUCUAUGAUGCGUCUAUAAGAUAUUCUAAAAUUGUACAGACUGUAGACCAUUUGCAUUAUGUUGACUUUUAAGGGACGGUUAGUGCAUGUCCUAAGGCUGUUAUCAUGGGUUAGCCACUCUGCUACUCCAGUUUUCAUGUUUUAUUUCAGAGUGUGUUGUUAUUACUGAAUGACUUUAUAAUACCUGAUGUUCAAAGAAUGGCUCUAUUAUUAAAGAUGUUUGUUUUUCA